UGCACUAGCCUAAUAAUAGGAAGUGAGACAGCAGUAAGCGGUAAGCGCGCAGCAGCAGGCAGUAGCACUGGUCAUACUUUCGCUUGGCUUUCUGUUCAUUUACUCAAAUCAAAGAAGACAACACUGCAUGACUAGGUAAACUUUCUCCUAACGAUAUUGUAUCUGUGACAAUGGAGGACAGGACUUUACUCCAAAACAUACGCCGAACCCCUAAACUCAGUACACCUGCUUUAGUAAGUUCUAAGCUUAUAGUGAUUGGCAUACCCAUUGCAGAAAUUGUAAUUGGUGCACUGUACCUGCAGAACUGCCCGAUACAGAGGUACAUACCUAUCUACCUAGUGGUGAUGGGGGCCUUUACCCUGUCAUUGACACUGCUGUCCUGCCUGCCCGGCACGCAGGAGCCUGAGGACGGCGGCCAGACCGUCAUCAGCAGCAUCUGCACCGCAUGGAACUCCAUCGUCUCCCUCUUCCUCUUCUGUUGGUUUAUUGCUGGGAACGUGUGGAUCUAUUCAAUAUACCAGCCCAGUUAUGAUCCAAAAGCAGGGGCCUACUGUGAUAAGACUCUCUACCUGUUUGCCUUUUGGAUUACUUCGCUGGUCUAUAUAUUGAUAGGCGGAUUCUUUGUGGUGGGUUGUUGUGCAUUGAUCUGCAUGUCCAUGUGUGGCAGGGGAGGCUUUGGAUACGGACGGCAAGAGGAUGUCUGAUGAACUCAGGUCAGAGUUCAGCUUUGGCCCUCAAUGCACAUCAAAUUUCAUAUGGCCUUUCCACCUUCAUUUGUUUGUGUAUGGCAUCACUGAUGGUCAUGGGGUGUAUUGGCUAAUGAUGCAUUUGUCAAAGAUCUAUUUUAAUGUUUGAUAGGGGUCCUACACUUGAGAGCCAUCCAGUAUUUUGUCUGCACCAAGUUUGCAUUGUUUUUUGCACUUUGGAGUCCUCUGGCUUUGGCUGAUUUGUUUUGCACUAAUUUAAUCUUAUGUGAUGCUUUGUCAAAAAAAGAUUGUUUAUUUGAAUUUGGUUUUAUUUUGUGUGUAAUGAAAAGCAUUUUUGUUUAGAUUACUUGAAAAGGCCAACAUACUUCAAUAUACUGCCAUAAACAUCAGGUGUAAGCUUUGCCAUUUAUAUACUUAGAGUAAAAUUUGUAAUUUGUAUGAUUUGUGUCUAUAUUCUUCUCUACUGUAUUGAAAAUAUAUUUCUUUAAUGUUUACAAACAAUGAUUAAGAAGAUUUUUGGUGGAGGAGAGUAGUGUUUAUCAACCCAGAUAAAGCACUCCUUUCAGUCUUUCAGGUAAUUGAUCCUUUUUUGAAUAUUGUCAAUGUCAACAAAUAUAUUUUCUAACUUUG